UUUAGUCACCCCUCAUACGUGGGCUGAGAAGAGAAACGUGGGGGAGAGGGGUCGUCCAAAAGUGGGCUCUAGGGAGAAAAUUUAACAGGCUACUUCCUUAACCAGAGGCUCUUCCCUGCCCCCAAAAAUUGAGCGUAACCUUAAGGAAAUGAAGAAGUCGCGGGGGAGAGUGGGCCGGGAGAAACUGGCCCCACCGAGAGCCCCCCUGAGGAUUCCCAGAGUGAGGGUGCUAGGAACCGAGGAAGGAGCCCUUCCCCUCCACCGAGCUUGUUCCCCAACUUGGGGGAAAGGCCCCGGGUGCAACCCCUAGGCAACAGCGAUGGGGAAAGGGAAAUUGCGGAAGUCGAGGGUUCCGCGUUGCCCUUUUAAGCACCCUCCAUCCCCCGCCUAGAGGUGUCCGCGGCCCCUUUAAGGCGCAGGGGAUUGUGGGCGCGGGGAGUGGAAUUUUGGAACGAAAUGUAGCGAAGAGAAGUACAGUAGUAAGAGUAACACUGUAGCCGCCGCCGGCCGAGGGGGCGCGCCGGGAGGCGACGCCGCUCCCCUGCCCGUCGCAGGGACCCCCAUCAAGCCACCAGCGGGAAGCGCGCCCGAGGAUCCGCCCCGGCCCGGUCCACGUUCCCCCAGGAAGCCGGACUCUAUGGGGCGGGACCCUGGGGGCGACUGAGCAGAGCCUGGAGCCAGCGCGAACCCCUGGAGCUCGAGCCAGGGGCGCCCCGGGAGCCGCCAGCCCGUGGGCGCGCCGCCCGCCCGCCGAGCAGCCAUGAGCGAGACAGUCAUCUGUUCCAGCCGGGCUACGGUGAUGCUCUAUGACGACGGCAACAAGCGAUGGCUGCCUGCGGGCACGGGUCCCCAGACCUUCAGCCGAGUCCAGAUCUACCACAACCCCACGGCCAAUUCCUUCCGGGUGGUCGGACGCAAGAUGCAGCCAGACCAGCAGGUGGUCAUCAACUGUGCCAUCAUCCGGGGAGUCAAGUAUAAUCAGGCCACCCCCAACUUCCAUCAGUGGCGUGACGCCCGCCAGGUCUGGGGCCUCAACUUUGGCAGCAAGGAGGAUGCGGCCCAGUUCGCUGCCGGCAUGGCCAGCGCACUAGAGGCCUUGGAAGGAGGUGGGCCUCCUGUGCCCCCAGCACCGCCUGCCUGGUCCGUCCAGAACGGUCCCUCCCCGGAGGAGAUGGAGCAACAGAAAAGGCAGCAGCCCAGCCAGCCCGAGUAUAUGGAGCGGGAACGCCGGGUCUCCAACGCAGGAGGCCCACCAGUUCCCCCAGUGGGGGGGCCACCCCCGCCUCCAGGACCUCCCCCUCCUCCAGGUCCCCCGCCACCCCCAGGUCUGCCUUCCUCAGGGGUCCCGGCUGCAGGGCAUGGAGCAGGGGGAGGCCCACCCCCUGCACCCCCUCUCCCUGCAGCACAAGGCCCCGGUGGUGGGGGAGCCGGAGCCCCUGGCCUGGCUGCAGCCAUUGCCGGAGCCAAACUCAGGAAAGUCAGCAAGGAAGAGGCCUCAGGAGGGUCCUUGGCCCCCAAAGCUGAGAGCACCCGAAGCACAGGUGGGGGGCUCAUGGAGGAGAUGAAUGCCAUGCUGGCCCGGAGAAGGAAAGCCACACAGGUUGGGGAGAAACCCCCCAAGGAAGAAUCUGCCAGUCAGGAGGAGCCAGAGGCCAGAGUCCCAGCCCAGAGUGAACCUGUGCGGAGACCCUGGGAGAAGAACAGCACAACUUUGCCAAGGAUGAAGUCCUCCUCUUCCAUCACUGCUUCUGAGGCCCAGCCUUCUAUGCACAGCUCUGGGGAAGAGUCAGACCUGGAGAGGGUGAAGCAGGAGCUUCUGGAAGAGGUGAGGAAGGAAUUGCAGAAGGUCAAAGAGGAGAUAAUUGAAGCCUUUGUCCAGGAGCUGAGGAAACGGGGUUCCCCCUGACCACAGGGACCCAGAAGACCCGUUUCUCUUUCCGCACGCCCGGCCUCUCACCCUGCUUUCCCUGCCUCUCCUUGACAUGGAAUCGGCUGAAGACUACACAGGAAUGCAUCUUCCCCUCCGGAUCCCACUUGGAAAACUCCAAGGGGAUGUGGCUUCCCGGCAUCAUGCCCACACCCACACUGGCUGCUGAUCGAUGAGCUGGGGAGGCCCCCACCCUCUGCUCCCUUUGGUCCUUCCCCUCUGCCAUCCCCUCGGGGCUGGUUCCUCUGCUGGGGAUGUACCAAUUAACCCCACAGUAAUGGGGAAGGAAGGAGGGAAUUUCACAUUCCCUUGUUCUAGAUUCACUUUAAUGCUUAAUGCCUUCGAAUCUUUUUUUGUUUUUAAAGGAAAAAAAUAUAUUAUAUAUAUAUUUGGGUUUGGGGGGGAAAUGGAAAAUUUUUUUUUCCUUUUUGGUUUUGAUAAAAUGGGGUGUGGGAGUUUUUAAAUGCUAUAACCCCAGGCUAGCCCAUUUGGGGCAGCUAUUUUAGGGUGGGUGUCUCACCAGAAGGGGGUGCUCCCCACACCCCAGGGACCCCCCCCUUCCCUCUAGCUCCUUCCCUUUUCUAUGAGGAAUUAAGAUGCUGUAACUUUUUGAAACCUCAGUUUUUUGGUUUUUUUAUUUGGGUAGGUUUUGGGGUCCAGACCAUUUUUACCCGCUGGGAAGUAAGGGAGGGAGAAGGGAGGAAUCUCCCCCUUCACCUUCAGCUUCUUGAGAAUGGGCCCUCAUGGAAUAAAUCUGCAGUUUUUAUAAGUGUGAA